AUGUCUGAAGAGUCUCAACAAUCAAAUUCUAAUCAAAAUUCAUCUUCAAAUACACUUGAAAAAGAAGCUAGUAUCAAUUGCCAUGUUCGUAGUCCCUCACAAGUUUAUUUAGCAACAGCCAUCGUCGAUGUUUUAGACAGUCAAGGAAGAUAUCAACCUUGUCGUGUCAUGCUUGAUGGAGGGGCUCAAUCUUGUACAAUAACGAGCAAUUGUGUAUCUCGUUUAGGUUUAAAACAAACUCCAUUUGAAAUUCCAUUAUUAUCAAUCGAUGACAUGAGCACAAAUGUCAAAUUUAAAACUUCCACCACAAUUCGCUCUCCUGAUCCAAAAUUCAAUGAACCAUCUCCAAUCGAUAUAAUUAUAGGAGCAGAAUAUACAUACAAUUUCUUAGGUUCUGGUAAAUUGAGUAUCAAGGGACAUUCUGCUGUUUUACAAAACACGACACUAGGUUGGAUAUUAGCAGGUAGAAUUUUCGACGUCAAACAAAGACACAAUACAAAUUCACAAGCGUCAAUUUGCAACUUUUUACACAAUACAAGUUUACCUCUCUUGUGGGAGCUUGAUCAAGUUCAACCCACCUGUACGCGUUCCAAAGAAGAAGAAGAGUGCGAGACACAUUACAAAGAAAACACAUUUCGCGAUGAUUCGGGUUCUUACGUAGUUAAAUUACCCUUUAAUGAGAAGGUAAAAAUGUUAGGCGAAUCAAAAAGGAUGGCCUUUCAAAGAUUCUAUUCACUUGAGAAAAGAUUUGAAAGGGAUCCAUUGACUAAAAAAUCAUACUUAGAAUGUGUGAACAAUUAUUUAGAUGAGGGACACAUGAAAGAAGUAACUGAUAAGGCAUCUUUAGAUAGUGGAUACUACCUUCCUCACCACGCAGUCAAAAAAGAAGGUAGUCUUACGACUGAAACUCGAGUAGUAUUUGACGGUUCCACCAAAACUGAUACAGACCUCUCUUUAAAUGACUGUCUUAAAGUCGGUCCCACAAUUCAAAAUGAUAUUUUUUCAAUAUUCACGAGAUUCCGUUCUCACCCAGUCGCAUUGACAGCUGACAUCAAACAAAUGUACAGACAAGUAAAAGUACACCCUUCCGAUAGUAUAUAUCAAAGAAUUUUAUGGAGAAACAAUCCUAAUGAGCCAAUUAAAAUCUAUGAAUUAAAUAGGGUAACCUUUGGCACAGCAUGCGCACCUUUUCUUGCAACUCGCACUCUGCUACAAUUAGCAGAAGACGAGAGGGAGUCGUUUCCAGUAGCUUCACACACUCUUAAAAGGGACUUUUAUGUUGAUGAUCUUGUCACUGGUGCUGAAUCAUAUGAAAAAGCACUUUCACUCAGAAAUAAUUUAAUGGAACUGUUAAAAAAGGGCGGUUUUAAUCUUAGAAAAUGGGGCUCAAACGAUAGUAGAUUAACACGUGACUUUCCGGGCAAUCCAACAAUCACACACAUGUCAUUAGAUCCAUCAGACACUAUAAAAACAUUAGGCGUUUAUUGGGAUUCAAAAACUGACUCAAUUACGUACACAGUUAAUAUUCCUAAGGUCAAUGAGAAAAUAACAAAACGUUCAAUUUUGUCACAAGUAGCAAAAUUAUUUGAUCCCUUAGGAUUAUUAGGUCCGAUUAUAGUUAAAGCUAAAAUUUUGAUACAACUCCUGUGGAAAGCAAAACUUGAAUGGGAUGAACCCGUUCCUCACAAGUUACAAACUUCUUGGUUAGAAUAUAAAAAUGAAUUAGAACUCAUCAAUGAUGUACGAUUCGAGAGAUUUAUUGUUAUUCCAAAUGCAAAAGAAACACAAAUCCAUGGUUUUUGUGACGCAAGCACAAAGGCAUAUGGAGCUUGUGUGUACUUGCGCUCAACAGACGAUCAGGGAAAUAUUCAAUGCUCUCUUAUAGCUGCAAAAUCUCGCGUUGCGCCUUUAAAAUGCGUAACAUUGCCAAAAUUAGAAUUGUGUUCAGCUUUAGUAUUGACAAAGUUGUAUACAUCAAUCGCUCAAUCGAUUCCAAUGUCCUUUAAUAAAAUAUUUUUUUGGUCAGACUCGACCAUUGCUCUUAAUUGGAUCAAGACACAGCCAUACAAUUUACCCACAUUCGAAGCAAACAGAGUAGCAGAAAUUCAAAAGGUCACUCCAGACCAAUGGUUUCAUGUUCCGACUGAAUGCAAUCCAGCAGAUCUCAUAUCCAGAGGUCAAGGUCCAAGGGAGUUUGUACAAACAACCAUUUGGCGAAAUGGUCCAGUUUGGCUCUCUCAACCUCCCGAAAAAUGGCCAAAAUCAAGAUGCAUGGUUUCAGACCAAGCAAAAAAGGUGGUCACAGAACCUGUCACAACACUGACCUUGACUAACUUUGUUGAGGAUCAAAGUUAUGACCACUGUAUAAACAUCUACUCUAAACACAGUAAUUUAAAGUCGUUAAAGAGAAUCUUUGCUUAUUGUCUCAGAUUCAUUCACAACAUAAAGAUAAAAAAUGCUUCACAAAAGGUUAAGGGUCCUUUAUCAAUUCAAGAACUUGAUGAAGCAUUGUUAGGUUUAAUCAAAUUAACACAAGUUUUCGGCAGAAAUUAA